AUGUCUUUAAACCGCAUCUCUUUCUUAGAGGGAUGGGAGCGCAAUCCUGCAGCAUUUCUACGAGGAAGUCGGGAAGAGCCCUUAUCAGACACCGACUCCGACACUUACCAGGACCUACCAGACACUUCAUCGCUGUCAUCUUCAUUUCCAUCAACGUAUAGCAGACUCAAUUUCAACCCAUAUGCGGGACCUGGCUGGAACGAGGUCACUGAUGAUCAUGAUCGCCCUUCAUUGCUGGGUUCCUUGGGUCUGGUACUGUCCCCCACGACAACUCAGUCUCGUGGGGACCCGCUUCGACCGGCAAGUCCUGCAAGUCCCGCGGUAAGCGGUGCAGCUGAGCUAGGACUACCAAAAGAGCCGGCCUCGUGGUCGGAUACUACAGGUGCCUUUGAGGUGAGCCCCGCAAAACGUGUUGCUCAAAUAUGUUUGGCAGUAGUGUAUUGCUUUCUUGCAGCUGGUGUUGUAUUCGGGUUUGCAGCCUUGAAACCCGUCCUCAUUCGCGAGAAUGUAUAUCGUAAUUUCUGCUCCAAGCAGGAACUUGAAGACGGCGUCGCCGUUUGUGACGGCCAAGAGAUCAGGUAUGGCUUCUUCUCUUCUCUUCCCUUCUUUUCAAAGAAUAGAAGAAGACCUAUCUCCGUAAACAUAAUUGCUGAUGCAUUUCACAACAGGCUAAACUUGAUGUUCACCAUCGCUGCCGUUGGAACCAAUGUCUCAGCUCUGCCCGUAGGAACGAUAUUGGACACAUACGGCCCACGUAUAGCGGGAAUCAUAGGCAGCUUCUGCCUAGCAGCUGGAGCCACCCUGUUUGCACUUGCCGACAAGCUCUCGUUUGAUGGGUACAUCCCAGGAUACCUACUGCUAGCUUUAGGUGGACCAUUCGUAUUCAUUUCGUCUUUCAAUCUCUCCAAUGCGUUCCCCAAACACUCGGGUCUCAUUCUGUCCAUGUUGACAGGUGCCUUCGAUGCAUCCAGCUCUUUGUUUUUAUUCUUCCGACUGCUAAGCGAGCACACUGCAGGCAGUGUAUCUCUACAAAGAUUCUUCUUGGCUUACCUGGUGGUUCCAGUUUUCGUCUUGGCAGCCCAAAUCACAAUCAUGCCAUCGACCUCGUACAAAACAGCUGGUGAAUUGGUUCUCCAGGCUGAGACGCAGGUGAUAGAGGAAAUACAUGACCAAGUAGACGAUACCAUUCAUGAUCGCAAUGAAAGUGAACGCCAACGAAAUGACCGCCGCAUGCUUCGUCAAAGUAUAGUCCAUUCUAUCCAAGGCCUACUUGACGACGGCACAUCUUCAAUAGCAGAAAGCAUUGACGAUAGGGUCUUCAAUAAUAGCAAUGGAUACCGUGACGCAGUCAAUGAUCCCACACGCAGUAAUGGGAAUACCAACACCAACACCAACAUAGACACAAAUACCCCACAGUCUCAGCCUACCAUCCCAAAUGCAAAUACUCCAGACGUCAGCAAAAGUGGUAUCUGGGGCAUCCUUCACGGCCAAUCAGCUCUAUCACAACUGAAAACGCCAUGGUUCAUCCUCCUUUCUCUUUUCACAGUCCUAAUCAUGCUCCGAAUCAACUACUUCAUCACAACCAUCCACAAACAAUAUUCCAACCUCCUCUCCUCCCCAACAGAAGCCACGAAAUUAAACACAGCCUUUGAUAUUCUCCUCCCAGCAGGCGGAUUACUCUCAAUCCCAUUCAUAGGCACAAUGCUCGACAAUCUCCGCACACGAACCGUCCUCUUCAUCCUAGUCACGAUAGCUACCCUGAUUGGCAUCCUAGGCUGUAUACGCGGUAGUACCGUCGCUGCGUAUAGCAACAUUGCCUUAUUCGUACUGUACAGACCAUUCUAUUAUACCUCUGUCUCGGACUACGCGGCGAAAGUGUUUGGAUUCAGGACAUUUGGCAAGGUGUACGGGCUUGUCAUUUUUCUUGCUGGGGUUGGAAAUUUCGCGCAGGCGGUAUUAGAUUGGGUUACACUUGUUUGGUUUUCGGGAGAUCCUGUACCGGUUAAUGUUGGGUUGACUGUUGCUGUUGCUGUUGUUGGGGGGUCGUUUGUUGGGUUUGUAAGUUGGGAAACGGAGAAGGUUUUGCAUGGGGAGCCUGCCAGUGAGGGGGAGAAUCAAAUUCUCAGAGGUGGUGGGAAUGAUGUACAUCCUGAUAUCUUGUCGAGGGAUUGGGAGAGGGAACCUCUAUUGGGCAGUGUGGAGGCUGGACAGAGGCAAGGAGAGCGGUUAUAUGGAUCGUGA